AUGGCAUCUCUACCGCAAAUCGCCAUCCCCGGGCAGCGUCUAGGCCCUCUAUCCAAAUAUUCUGCCGGCCCAGGUACACACGUCCAGGAUUCCUUCAUUCAUGCCUCUAUCGUCGGACCAGUGGUCACAGACGCAGCCCAGCCAAAGAUUCAACCAAAGCCUACCCUCCGAGUCUCAAGAGUGAUAUCAGCACAAGAUCUAAAACCCCAGAAUGCCGGCGCGUCCGAUGGCGCAAAGUUCAAACCCCGCUACAACACCCUACCAGCAGUUGAAUCCAACGUCCUCGCACGAGUCACGCGAGUGCAGAAACGCCAAGCAACCGUCUCCAUCCUCGUCGUUCUAGACGAAUCCGAGCACCUGACAUCAUCACAAACCGCCUCAGACAACGACAACGUCGCUUCCAUUCUCACCUCCGCCGCCAACCCGGAGAACCAUUCUGGCACCGAUGAGCUGCGCUUCCAAGCGCUUAUCCGCAAAGAAGAUGUCCGCGCCGUUGAAAAGGAUCGUGUCGUCAUGGAUGAAAUGUUCCGUGUUGGUGAUAUCGUUCGCGGCUCCGUUAUCUCGCUCGGUGAUCAGAGCUUCUACUACAUCACCACCGCGCGCAAUGAUCUUGGUGUUGUCAUGGCUCGGAGCGAGGCGGGUAACAUGAUGUUCCCAAUUAGUUGGAAAGAGAUGAGGGAUCCGGUGACUGGAACCGGAGAGCCGAGAAAGGUUGCCAGGCCUUUCUGA